GCCCAAAAAAAUAGUACAUAUUAAAAAGAAGAGGAAAGUAAACCCUUCUAACUCCUCUCUUUUUCUCUCUCAUCUUCCAUUGAAGCGUACGCCAAAUUCUUCGUUGAAGCAGCUUCAUAGCUUUCUCACCACCAUUGAAACAGAUUUAGAAUAUGGAUACAUCAAAUCCUGCAGCUUUCGCCAAUGGAGAAUCGCUUCGCUUGUAUGUUGGGCGGAAGGUUCGGGUAGUUGUACAGGUGAUACAAUCUGAUGAAGGUUCUUUGAUUGGGAAAUCAACUGAUGAUCAUCAGCUCGUCAUAAAGGGUUCGCCACCAACUCAACCACUUACCAAAUAUGUUGAGGUUAUUGGUAUUGCUGAUAGCAAUCAAUCGGUUCUUGCUGACAUAAUAACCAACUUUGGUGAUAAUUUUGAUCCACAGAACUAUAAUCAACUGUGUCAGCUUGCUAAUGGGGAAUACAAGCACUUGUUCAUAUGAGCCAUGAUAGCUAUUGGCCUAACCAUUCUCUAGUAGUAAUGUGAUAUUUUUUUAAGGGAGAUGUGGGAUUUCAUCUUUAAAAAUCACCUGCUUUUUGUAAGCCUUGGGAGCUUGAAGUAUCAUUCCAGAAAAAUGGCAGGGUGAAAGUGGUACAUCGUAUAUUACAAAUCAAUGUACUGGCAUUUUCUUUCUUUUCAAGCAGACUAUGUUAUAAAAUUUUUACUCUGCUGCCUUCUGACUCAGUAUCUAUGAAUGACAAUAGCCUUGAUCUUCAAGUUUAUAGUAAGAAGGCAUCCAGGCUAUUAGGCUUCAUUUUCGACUUUGAUAAAGAUUGGAAUUUGUUGUGAUAUUAAGAAACUUUUUGUCAAAAAAAACAACCUUGUAGGUUGAUAAAUAGAAGCAAUCACUCCCAAUAUUUGGUUGCAUCACUUUUUUUAUGAUUAUAAUU